UCCAUUCCAUUCCAGCCCAGCCCAUUAGCAGGGCUAAGUCUCGGACGGAGUGGACGCUCUCCCCCGUCGGCACCGCCGCCGCCGCCGCUACCCUCCCCAGCAGCGCCGCUUCCUAGUCCCCUCAAUGGCGACGGACUGGGCGUGGGCGCGCCGGGCGUGGGAGAAGUGGGCCCCGAAGCACGUCGGCCCCGAAGGGAAGCAGGUCCAGGCGGCGCUGCUGCUCAACUACGACCCGUCCGGCCCGUCUAGGCUUCUUCCUGUCAUAGCGGAGCAAGAGGGAAUACGACUUACAGCUGUUGAUAUGCAACCGUUCCUUGACUUUGUUAAGAGGGGUAAUCUGCAGACUGAAUUCUUCUCUAUUAGGACUAACCAAUAUUUGGUCACCUCAAUCCAUGAAAACUGGUUUUGCGCCCGUUGUGUCAACAGCACAAAGUCAGGAGGUGAAGGAGCUAUAGUUAUGCAGAUUGGAGCUUACUUGUUAAUCUCUAUUUUUCUGCCAAAUUCACACCGGUAUCGUAAUGCAUAGGUAUGAUGGUUCCCUUGCUUCAGCUUCACUAGCAAUGGUGGCAACUGAUCAGUUUGCAGUCCAGUUUAACCGGAGAACUCACUAAACUCCUUUUAGUAUAGUUUGAUGAGUGAUGUUGUCCUGCAAUUUGUUAUCAUUUGGGAUCAUAGUGCUAAAAUGCAUUAAGUGGCCUUAUGUAAUUCCUAAUGUUACUAUUUCCUUGGGUCAGUAGGCCUGCUAAUGUAAUAGCCUAAAACUGGCUGUGAAACUGAUGUUCCUAGUGUGAAGUUGGAGUAAUAGCCAAAAACUGGCAUGUGUAGUGCGGCCUAUUUCUAUUUGAGUUCACGCAAAACAUAGAAGAUUCCAAAUCUUGUGGGAGAGAAGAAAAUGCAUAUAUUGUUAUACCA